GUGUGGUUCAAGUCGGAAAUAGUUUGAUUGUAACACGCUUAAAGUUUUUACCAAGGUCGAUCGUCGCUUAAAAAGCUCCCAAAGAUAAGAAAUGGUUUGCUGUAACAGAACAGAUACCUGGGCAAAAUCUCUCGUUACAAGAGAUGGAAUUGACAAGCUGUUUGUUGUYCAACUGAAUCGAAAACCAGACCGCUGCAUCUCAGAGCAAUACGAAAUUUUAGUGAACAACAAGCCAGUCCCACAUCAACUGACCCCAAACUUUUGCAGUCCGCUGUGUGGCUCUGGUGGAGUUUACGAAUGGGAGCAAGAUGGCCACAGUUUUAUGUUAAUGUACAGCCGACUUGGAAUACUUCGUAUGAUGCGAGGGUACAGAUUGUUCAUCGAUGGAAUUGACGUGGACACUGGCCUAGAAUUUCGAGCUUUUUUCCGCCAGAGAGGUCUUCUGCAUAUCGGGUUUGGCCUGCUUAUGUUUGUCAUUGGACUUGCUCUCUUGUUAGUGUAUUUCUUUGGAACGACCAAUGCUGCUUUUAUGUACAGYGGAAUUUCGCUAACGACUUUUGGCGUCGUCCAUUUGUUUAUUGGAGCAAUAACUUACUUCAGAAAUCGAAGACAGCCUCAGGAUAUUCCUAAUAACUACUACAGUAUGCAAGCUUAAACAGGGAAUGUAUACCUGCGGCAUGACAACGGCCAAAGUGAAUCUGAAGUGAGUAGGAUAUGGCUGUUCACCAGCUACCAUAGCCUGCGUUACAUAAAACCGGAUGUAACGCAGGCUAUAGCUACCCUAGUACCCGCCCUAGUAGUACUAUCAACGUACUCAGCUUAACUUUACAUGUAUUGUAUUUAGAUUUCUUAUAUAUAUAUACACUACCUACUGCAUCUACCAUUAAAAUAACUUUCGAUUGAUCACAUUGAUCAAAUUUAAAGGCUGUCAUUCUUUUUUUGAGUUAUCACAUGUGAAUAGCUGUAAUCUCUUUUCAAGUUUGCAGCUUGCUGGGACGUCGGAGAUGGGGGGGCUAGGGGGGCUAUAGCCCCCCCCUCCACUUUUUCAUUCCGAAAAUAAAAGUUAAGAAAUCAACGUAAAGUAUACUCCUAUUGAAUCGGGUUUUUUUCGUUUUUUUGUCUUAAUGAUGAAAUACUUAGAUCUCUUUUUUUAAAUUAUGUUAGUAGCCCCCCGCUAAAAAAACCGCUCCGACGUCCCUGGCUUGUCAUAACAUCCAAGCUAUAGAACUCAUUUAUAUUGAGAAAAAUGUAUACACGCUGAAGGUUCCAAUGAUUAUGAUAUAGUAGUAUAGCUGCACAAUCAUAUAAAUUGUAAAAAUAAAAGUUAUGAAAAGAA